GACAGGGGACGAGAGCAGAGACACAGCCCUGCUUGAGGAGAGGAGACACAGCCCUGCUUGAACAGAGCAGAGACACAGCCCUGCUUGAGGAGAGCAGAUACAUUCCUGCUUGAGGAAGGCAGAGACUGCCCUGCUUGAGAAGAGGAGAGCAGAGACACAGCCCUGCCUGAGGAGAGACAUCCCUGCUUGAGGAGAGACACAGCCCUGCUUGAGGAGAGACACAUCCGUGCUUGAGGAGAGACAUCCCUGCUUGAGGAAAGGAGACACAGCCCUGCCUGAGGAGAGGAGGCCCAUCCCUGUUUCCAGCUGGGAUCUCUCUGCUGCCUGAGCUGUCCUUCUGGAAGCCGGGUGCUGCUCCAGGCAUCUUCACGGGUGUUGGAGCAGAGCAGGGAAGUGUCACAGAGGGAUAUUUUUAGAUGCUCUUUGUGCUCAGAGAGCAAAAGCAGGCUGUGGUUUAAGGGCCAUUAGCUGCUGGGCAUGUUUGGAAAGCUGGAUGGAGCAGGGCUGAGGAUCCAGGGACACGUUUGACACCAUGGGAUGGAGCAGCUUUGCAGACGUGAGGACAAUUUUUGGGCUGAGCAUCGAAGAGAAGACCCCAAGAGGAGCCUGGAUCUGGGCAGCCCAGCCUGUUUAGCUGCCACGUGGACAAGCAGCGGGGCCAGGGCAGCUGAUCCCCCAAAAGGACGUGGUCCCAUUGUUUGUGGGGUGACAUUUGCUCCAACGGCUGCGGAAGAGGUGCAGGAAAAGAGCGGACAAGAGAUCCGCAUGUCAGACUAUCACAACCCCCACUAUGGGGAGUCAGAACCCCAGCACGGCAUUACUGUGGUCUUCCUCCUUGUCCUUGUCUUCUUCAUCAUGGGGCUGGUGGGGUUCCUGAUCUGCCAUGUCCUGAAGAAGAAGGGUUACCGGUGCCGCACCUUCCGGGACGAGCUUGACCCAGAUGACAAAGACGAGGUGGAGGAGCUCGAGGAUGAUGAGGCCGAGAAGAACGAUGACACCGUGGAGAAGAUUGUGAGAUGCAUCAUCCAAAAUGAAGCAAACGUGGAGGCCCUCAAGGAGAUGCUGGGGGAAAAUGAAGCAGAUGUGCCAGUGCCAGUGCCCAGCCUUUGUCACCACAGCAGCAGCCAGGACGGGGGCCCACCCCAUCACCACACGGUGCACCUGGGCUCCACGCACGCCCCCUGCAUCCACUGCAGCAGGAGGAAGAGGCACCCCCUGCAGCGCCAGGGGCGCUCCAAGGAGGGCAAAAGCAGGAUGCAUCCUGGAGAGACCACCGUCUUCUCAGUGGGCAGGUUCCGUGUCACACAUAUUGGGAAGAAGCCGUGCCUGCAGGAGCAGCCGGAUGGGGCCCUGCCCGCGGGCAGCCGCCCGCCGAGCACGGAGGAGCUGGAGCGCAGCAGCGAGCUGCUCAACGGGACUGUCCCCACGGCUGGCCUGCAGAACGGAGCCAUCCACACGGGCACACAGAGUGCCAGGAGCGCCCAGCACAGCGUGUCCACCAGCCCGGCCGCCAACACACCCGCCAGCUCCGGCACCCGUGACAGCCGGCGGGCGGGCACGGUUGGGUCCGGCCUGGUUGGGUCUGGCCCGGUUGGGUCCGGCACGGCGGGGUCAAGCAUGGUUGGGUCUGGCCCGGUUGGGUCCGGCCUGGUUGGGUCCAGCAUGGUGGGGUCCAGCACGGUUGGGUCUGGCACGGCAGGGUCUGGUCGGGCAGGGUCCCUGCCGGGUGCUGGAUCCGCUCCCGGGAGCUCAAGCCGGCAGCGCAGGCUGCUGAGCCUGCCAGUGCUGGGAGCAUCGAGUCCCAACAUCCCGGGAGAGCUGGCGAGGGAAGGAGCCGGUGUCUGCCUGGAGGAGAUGGGACUGGCAUCGGCAGAUGAAGUGUCGGAUAUUCACGGGAGCCUGAGCCUGCAGGAGCAGGCCGAGGAGCUGGGGAGAGACGAGAGCGGCAGGAAACAGUCCGGAGGGGAGGAUGGGAAGCAGCAGGAGCCCAGCGCCGCGGAGCAGGACCGUGUGUGAGCUCCUCUCCGCUCCCGGCUGGAGCGUGCACGGGAGGCGCGCAGCCCCCGGGCCCCUCGGGGCUGGGGCUCUGCCGUGGGGCAGCCGCGGGGCAGCCGUGCCCGGCCCCGGGUGGGCAGCUACGCGCUUGGCAUGGCCGGAGCGACGCGCCCGCGACACCGACAACCGCGCUCGGCGCCAGCCUUCAUCCCAUUGGCAAUAGGUACCCGAGUCCCACCCACCGCACCCUCCCCGGAGACCCCCCCGAGGGACCCUCGGGCCCGGCAGGGGCAGGGCGGCACCCAGAGCCCGCUGCCCCCGCGGCCCCCAGCUCGGGGCAAGGAUCAGAGGGGGCCGCGGCCAGGGGCAGGGAUGGAGGCAGCGGCUUGAGCCCCACCGCCCACCGGGCACGUUCAGCACAGAGCACAGCCCCCCCGGGCACCCCUGCCACGCAGAGCGGGCACAGGCACAAACCCUGCACCGGCAGGUCCCUGGGAGAUGCUGGCGGAGAGAGGAGCUCCCGGCCCCACCCCGGCACAGGCCCGGGGGGCGGGAUGGCCCCGGGCCAGGCCAGCGGGCAGCGCCGGGGCCGCGCCAGCUUCGGUGUGUAACGCCCUGUACAUAGACGAGCUACAACCAUUAAAGCUGCUGAACCCCU